UGACAAAUGUGGUCAGCUUGGUUUGGCCUCAUUGGCGUUAGGUGCAAAAAACAGGCCGGUGCUAAUCCAUAAAAGCACAAAAUCAACAUUUACAGUGACUGUUGAGUUCUUGCUCACCUUCAGACUACAGUUGAGCUGACAGCGAUGAAUCGUGAAGGUUACCAGAUUGAGAGUGUUCCAUUGCAGGGGAGGUAUGAUGGACAGCCUGGAGGACCUAGAGUGGUCCAGUGCACCACUGUGAACAUCAGCACUGAGCCCCCCAAGGACCACAUCAUCUGGUCACUCCUCUGCUUUAUGUACUCAAACCCCUGCUGCCUUGGACUGGCGGCUCUCAUCUUCUCUAUCAAGGCCAGAGACCGGAAGGUGGCUGGAGAUCUGGAGGGCGCCCGACAAUACGGCUCCACUGCCCGCUGCUUCAACAUCGUGGCCACAGUCCUGUUUUCCAUCAUGGUCCUUAUUUUCAUUAUUACAAUCACUGCCGUGCUCGUACAGAUUAAUGAGGCGUACAGAAGUUACAGCAGAUACCACACAUACAACUCCGGUUACAAUCACAGAGGCUAAAUUUCAAAUAGUGUUGGAGUUGCCUACUGCUGUGGCUUAGUGAUGCUUGUUGUUCUCUGCUUUAUGGUUAUGGCACAAACUGUAACCUUUUAUGCCCUUUUACUUAUAUCCUCAGUUAAAACAGAUACUUAUUUCUAUGUUUGUUACAAAAGUCUUGGAACUCAUCCAUGUUUCC